AACUGUGAAAACACUUAAUUUUGACUUUUUAAAAUGAAAAAUGCAUUUUUUUCUGAUUUGGACCAACUUUUUGAUUAAAAAAUUUAAGCUAGUUAGAUUGGGAGUGCGGGUGUUGACAUCAAAAGAAUUUGACCCAAACUGAAAAAAUCUUUUUUUUGGUUUGUGGAUAUUUUUGAGAUUUCUACUUUUCUUCCUAAUGGGGGAUGGGCGGAAAAUGGACUUUUGAAAAUAUUCCAGGGUUGUGAAAACCCAUUUCCCACCCAACUCUUCCCAGCAGUGUCCACAAUAAGGACUGGAAUUUCGGAAGAGUUCAGUUCCCAUUGAGGCAUCUAAGUAACAGCCAGAUUUUGAAAGAUGCUCAGAACCCAGAUCAUCGGAAAAUGUUGCCACUCACUUUGACGUCUAAAUGGUUGAUUAGCCCUUUUGAAAAUACAGCCCCAAAUAAGGGGCAUCUGAAUGUUUGAAAACAUGACUCUGAGCACUUUUGAAAAUCCGGUUACAAGGGUUCAGUUAGGCUCCCUCACACGUGCUCUCUCUCACUUUCAUACUGCCCCAGCCCAUACUAUCCUGUUGCAUUUUGUGUACAGUAAGGCCUUCAGAAGCUUGACCAUAUAUUUUUGUUUGUACCUAGGCAAUAUUUUUACUGCCCUUGAGGUGGAGAGGAAUAUACAGAAAUAUUAAUAAAAGAAAAAGACCUUGUCUAGCUUCUGGGGCACAGAUGCCAUCAAACAAACUCAUACCGCUAUCCAGAGGAGGAGGGAGAGGAGGUCUGAAAACCCUUUUUAUAAAAGAUUAAAUCAUCAUUCCAAAAUGAGUCUCUAGUUUGGUGUUCACAGACAGUAGAUCCUAAACUACAAAGCAAUGCAAGAACUGACCAGAGUAGCUUUUUUUUUUUUUUUACACCGGAAAAAUGUGACAGACUAGACAAUGUGCCAGCUCAAAUGUUUUAACUGACAUGAUUUUUAAAUACAAAUAUGCCCUUAGUGUGGACAAGCAGAGUAAUGCUCGCUGGUCUUGGUUAACCCAAGGAAGAGCAUGGGCUUAUCAUGACCAGCCAAUAUGUUUUCAGCAUGAAUACCUGUUGCUGUCUACACUAGGGAACUUUGUGUGGGUUACUGGCAUGCACGCCGGAUGGUGGUGAAGUGACUGGCAGCUGUGCUGUGACAUGAAGGUUGCAAUGGUUUAAAGAAAGGAGACCAAUUUAAAAAAAAAAAAACACAAAAGCCAGAGUGAGACAGAGAGGAGAAAACAGCUGGAGGAAGAAAAAGGGGAAACAGUUGUGGAUGACAAAAGGAUGGGUUUCCAUUUAAUUAAGCAGCUGAGAGACAUGAGUGUGGUGUUAGUGCUACUGCCUACGGUGCUGUUUCUUACGCUCGCAGGGGCUCAGCGAGCUUGCCCCAAGAACUGCAGAUGUGAUGGCAAAAUUGUGUACUGUGAAUCGCAUGCGUUCAGAGAUAUCCCUCAGAAUAUUUCUGGAGGGUCUCAAGGCUUAUCGCUACGGUACAACAGCAUCCAGAAGCUUAAAUCAAAUCAGUUUGCAGGCCUGAAUCAGCUCAUAUGGCUUUAUCUUGAUCAUAAUUACAUCAGCUCCGUGGAUGAGGAUGCGUUUCAGGGGAUCCGUCGGCUGAAGGAAUUAAUUCUGAGCUCCAACAAAAUUACCCAUCUGCACAACAAAACAUUUCACCCAGUCCCCAAUCUCCGCAAUCUGGACCUUUCUUACAACAAGUUACAGGUGUUGCAAUCUGAGCAAUUUAAGGGCCUUCGCAAACUCUUGAUCUUGCACUUGCGGUCGAACUCGUUGAAAACUGUGCCAAUCAGAGUUUUUCAAGACUGCCGAAAUCUCGAUUUUCUGGAUUUGGGCUACAACCGUCUGCGGAGUUUAUCCCGUAAUGCUUUCGCUGGCCUCUUGAAGCUCACAGAGCUCCACUUGGAGCACAAUCAGUUUUCGAAGAUCAACUUUGCCCACUUUCCACGUCUUUUCAACCUCCGCUCCAUUUAUUUGCAAUGGAAUAGGAUCCGGUCUCUUAACCAAGGGCUAACAUGGACUUGGAGUUCCUUGCACAACUUGGAUUUAUCGGGGAAUGACAUCACUGGGAUAGAACCUGGGACCUUCAAAUGCCUGCCCAACUUGCAAAAGCUGAACUUGGAUUCCAACAAACUCACCAACAUCUCUCAGGAGACUGUCAAUGCGUGGAUCUCGCUAAUAUCCAUCACUCUGUCCGGAAAUAUGUGGGAAUGUACUCGAAGCAUUUGCCCUCUUGUUACUUGGCUUAAGAAUUUCAAGGGAAAUAAAGAAAGCACUAUGAUAUGCGCGGGCCCUAAGCAAAUCCAGGGUGAAAAGGUGGGCGAUGCUGUGGAAACAUAUAAUAUCUGUGCCGAAAUCCAGGUUGUGGUCACUGAAAGAUCAUACCAGCCACCUAAAACUCCCCAGAGACCUCUCUUUAUCCCCAAACCUACCAUUUCCAAACUGGAAAAUAAUCAAAUGACCUCUGUGAUACCCACUCCUUCUCCAGACUUACCUACACCUGGAGCAGAACCAGAAUACGAGCAUGUUUCCUUUCAUAAAAUCAUUGCUGGGAGUGUCGCCCUCUUUCUUUCAGUGGCUAUGAUUUUGUUGGUUAUCUACGUGUCUUGGAAGCGGUACCCAGCCAGCAUGAAACAACUGCAGCAACACUCUCUCAUAAAGAAGCGCAGGAAAAAGGCCAGAGAGUCCGAAAGGCAAAUGAACUCCCCUUUACAGGAGUAUUACGUGGACUACAAGCCGACAAACUCUGAAACCAUGGAUGUAUCUGUUAAUGGAUCUGGGCCCUGCACAUAUACCAUCUCUGGCUCCAGGGAAUGUGAGGUGCCUCACCCCAUGAAGACCUUGCCCUAUUACAGCUAUGACCAACCAGUGAUCGGAUACUGCCAGGCCCACAAGCCUCUCCAUGUAAAUAAGGCGUACGACAGCAUCUCCCGGGUGGAGCAGGUUGAGACCACCAACCUGGACCUCAGUCGAGACCACAGCUUCAUAGCUACGAUUGCGCGCUCAGCCGCUCCAGCCAUUUACAUUGAGAGAAUACCAAACUAAUCAUGGAGACUGCUCCUUUGGGAAUGGGUGGGAGUAGGGAAUUCUUUUGAGGGACUUAAAUCUCAGAAGAGAACAGGACAAGAAAAAAAACAAAUAAAAUCUACCAUUCCAGUUGCAAAUGUUCCACCACAAACAAAAGGAAAAGGGAUAAAGAAAAGUAUGGAAAUUCUGUCUUACAAUUCAGUGCUGAGAACUUGAAGAUUUUCUUUGCUUUAAAACUUUCAAACAGACUCCCUAUUGUAAAUAUUAAAGAGAGAUUGUCAAGUUCUUAUUAAAAAUAGAUUCACUCUAGCUACAUAAAGGGAUGGAUUAAGAGUUCUGUUUGUAUAUUUGAUUUUUCUACGUUGCACGGUUCUUGAGAAGGAGAACCACAGGUAAAAACGAGGUGGGAGGUUGCAAGGUGGGUCAGUCAUAGCUUCUUUAUUAAGUGUUUGUUACUCUUAAAAGCUUUGUUUAAAUUGAUUUUUCUUUUCUUUUUUAAAUCAAACAACAAAACGAUGGCUAUUUUAUUUUACUUUUCAGGGGGAGGGGUCAAGUGCUAAUAUUUUGAACUCCAAACAUGGGCAUGUCAGAUUGUGUUGAACCAAAAGGACGUUGGCAAUUGAUGCAGCAGAACAAAGGAAGAAAGAAAAACAAACAAAAACCUUGGGUGCAUGUACAUUUUAAGACCCAUGCUAUGCACUAUGGAGGGUGCUUUGAAUUUUUUACUAUCUUCAUCGUGCUUCAUUGUCGACACUAUAAUUACCAUUUGGGCUCUAAAAAUGGGGAAACCUGAUGGAAUAUCAGUUCACACAUUUACAAUCCAGAGAUGUCAUAGGCAAAAAAUAAUGGAUUUUUGGGUACCCAAAUGGAUACAAUGUGCCCAAAAUGGAUUGGAAGGAAAUGCAUAAAGCAGGAGCAUUUCAAUGAAACUCAAUAGCUGACACAAUUUCUGAAACACAGGAGAAUGUGUAGCAUUCGUUUUGUUUUGUUUUUUAAUUAAUUAUUAUGAUGAGUUAGCUUUUGUGUAGAUUUUAUCAAUAAAAGGACAAAAAAAGUGGUGGAAAAAAUAAACAUAAUAUUUUGUGGUUGGGACACCACAGCCAAGCUAAUGUUUGAAUGGUUUCUCUAGAUGUGUUGCAUGGUAACUCAGCUGAUUUUAAGGGAAGAAUCACCAAAGCCUCCUAUCACCUUUUGGAAAAGAGCUACAAGAAUGAUUUGAAGUCUGGAAAACCUGAGGCUAAAGAAGCUCAGUCUAUUUAGUUUAUCUAAGACAAAGUUAAAAGGUGAUUUUUAUCAGAGUCUAGAAGCAUGUACAUGGAGAGAAGGUUUCUUUAAUCUAUUAGGCAAGAUCCAAUAUCCGCAAGGAGAAGCUAAACAAAUUCAAACUAGAAAUAAGAUGCACAUUUUUAACAGUGAGGGUGAUUAAUCCUGGGAACGACUUAGAUUGGGGUGGAUUCUCCAUCACUAGAAGUCUUGAGAUUGAGAUUUGGCAUCUUUGUAAUAGGACAUGUAUUGUCCAGCCUUAAAUUAUGGGAUUAAUCCAGGAGGCACUUGGUGAAAUGCCAUGGCCCACGUCAAGCCAGACUAGAGGACCCUAAUGGUCCCUUCUGACCUUAUAGCCAACUCAUUGUUCUGGAACGGAAUGAGGAGUCUGUGCUAUCAUUAUUAAUUAUUGUUUAUGCUUUCAAUGUGUUAGGCGGCUUCCAGACAUUCAAGAAAGGAUGACUCCCUGCUCUGAAGAGCUUUCAAUCUUGGGACAGACAGACAGACAGAGGUUAGUGGAAAGUGAACAGUGAAUAGGGAAAUGUACAAGUCAGCUCAUUUCACUGUAAACAGCAUGCCAGAAGUGGAUGUCUGAGAAGGAUGUAAAGGAGGACAGAAUAAGAGGCUUGAAGAGGUUGCAGCAUGCAUAGGGGACAGCAUGGUAAAAGGUAUAUUGUUCAUGCUGAUAAUCCACACGCUACAAUAAUCAGAGUGAAAUUCAGUCCCAUGUAGAGGGAUGGCACUAGGGUAGUGCACCAUUUAAGCCUUCAAAAUCAGGUUUAAAGCUCUGGUCCAAAGCCCACGGAAGUCAUCGGAAAGACUGGGAAUGAACAACAGGGGAUGGAUCACUUGAUGGUUACCUGUUCUGUUCAUUCCCUCUGGGACACCUGGCAUCGGCCACUGUCGGAAGACACAAUAAUAGGCAAGAUGGACCUGUGGUCUGACCCAGUAUGGCCAUGCUUAUGUUCUUGUGGACUCCCAUUGACUUCAGUGGACUUUGGAUCUGGCCCUAAGAGGGAUUCAAGUAGCAAACUGGCUGCAUAUUGGCUUUUUUGCACAGGAGUAAAUUUCAGUAAGCUGCAAAACAGAACUCCCAUAGACUUCAGUGGGAAUAAAAUCAAACCCAUUACUGACAAAUGGAUCGUAAGAAAUCCAUGGCUGCUAACUAUGACUUUAUGGUUGUCAUUGUUCUUAUUACUAUGGUACUUGGAACUUUGUGGCAAUAGUUGAAAUAGAGCUCUCUUCCCACUACUCCUAAAACUAAAGGAAAAUCUCUCAGGGCCUAUGCCACACAGUUGUGUAAUUCUGCUUCAUUCCAGUACACAGCAGUGGUAUAUCUGCCAACCUGCUCCUAGCAAUAUCAGAGACAGAAUAAGGUGUGUUUUUCUUUAUUCAAUAAGUAAUGAAUCCAGUAUUGCCAACUCCUAGCAUAUGUUACGUUUUCUUCAAGCUCCAGCUCCAGGAGUCAUAUGUAUACCAGAGAAUCUCUGCUUAAUUUUUUCUUUUUUUUUAAUUAAAGUUUCUACCCUUCAUGGUUGCAAAGAAAAGCUUGAACAUGUGACUCAGGUGAACACUACAAGUUCAAAGAAGAGAAAGUAAAUAAAAAUAACCCCAAAGGACGAUGAGCAUGAUUUUGUUUGUUUGUUUGUUAAAUCUUUUAAUUUUAAACCAAUCAAAUAAUUUGGAGGUGGGGGCUCAUAAUCUUUUAAUGCAAUUUUGGCGGUACUUCAACAUCUUGUGAAUUUUGCCAUAUUUCAUACUCUAGCCACAUGGAAAACUGCUCACAACUGAUGUGAAUUUCUGCUGACACUAAUGAUUCUGCUGCUCCAGGACGAGUAGCUAACAUCUGCCUAUGCAGCUUGCAGUCACCACGCAAGCAGAUACUGACUAAACAUUUUGUUGCCUAUAAUGUUUUACUUUUGCCUCUUCUACAUGUGUGCUGGAGUCCUGCUGACUUGCUUUGUACUUUCUUUCUUCCUGGGCAUAUCCUGAAGAUUAAUCGGUUAAUAUUUGUAGAAAAUGUUGUGGACACAGAGUUCUAUUAAAUUUUAAAUGCUGAGUGUAACAGA